GGCCCCGCGCGGCCGCGGCCCGGGUCGCCACAGCAGCGUCGUCGGCGUCGUUGUCGGCAGCAUGGCUGAGGAAAAGUAUGGCAAACUGUAUCUAGAAGAAAGUGCAUUUGAAGCACUGGAAAAAGGCUUCCAAGAUGUCAUCAAUCUACUUAAGGCUGAUAAAACUCUGGAAAAAUAUCGAAUAGAAUAUGAGAAGCUCCAUACUGUUAUGAAGAAGUCCCAUGAAAAUGAGAAGCGUCUCAUGGAGAAAUGCAGGCAGCUGAAUGCUGAGCUUCUGGUGAAUUCGUCUAAAGUAGCUGUGCUCACAGAGCUUUCUAAAGAGGAUCAGGGAACUAUAGCAUCAAUGAAGACGGAGAUUGAAAAGUCCUGGAAAAUGGUGGAUGCAGCCUAUGAAAAGGAAAAGAAAAUGAAGGAAACAAUUAAUUCACUGCAAGAGGAAACCGCGCGCCUAAAUAAUUUAGUGAAACAAGGAUCUGGACCAUCUCUGAGAGAGGAGUACCAUAUCCGGGAUUUGCUAAAACGUAAAGAAGGGGUAACAAAGGAGCGAGACCAACUGUUGUCAGAGGUUGCGAAGUUACGUCAAAGUCUAGCUCAAGUCACAGAGCAGCUGCAGGAUACAGAGAAGGCAAAAAAUGAGGCAGAUCAAUCCAUUACACAGCUUCAGCAAGAAAUCCUGCUGCAUCAGAAUAAGGCAUCACAAGAAGCUCAAAAGAAGGAAGAAAUGGAGAAGCAGCUGAAAAAUCUUCUAGUUGAAACGGAUAACAAACAAGCUGAGAUCAAGAAUUUACAAGAAUAUAUACAGAGGAGCCAAGAGGAACAACUGAAAUUGGAACAGCAUCUAAAAGAGCAGAAGAUCUUGAAUGAAAGAGCUAGUAAGGAGCUUAAGCAAUUUCAGAUGAGAAAUAAUAAGCUCAUGCAAGAGAGCAAGCAGCAAAGUGUGAUGCUUGAAGAGGUGAAGCAGGACAUCCAGCAGAAGACAGCAGAACUGAAAGCCAGAGGUGAUGAAGUGACUCAGGCGCACCUUGAAAUUUCAAAGCUGAGCAAAGUACGAGAUGUUCUCCAGGAUAAGCUGUGUUUUGCAGAGAAACAAAAAGUUGAUGCAGGACAUGAGAGAAACACCCUAAAAAAUCAAAUAAUUGGACUGGAGAGGGAGUUGGAGGCUGCCAAAAAGCAGGCGGAGAUCGACAAGAAAGCUAUAGAUGCUCUUGUGAAGGAAAAGGAUCUCCUAAACCAGCACUUGGUCAAGGCUAACAGUGCCACUCAGAAACAGAUAAGUUUGGUGAAGAUCCAUGAGCAGUCAAAGAAGAGCUUGGAAGAAGAAAUUGAAAAAUAUAAGAGUGAAGCUCAGAAACAACGGAAGAUUAUUUACCAAUUAGAGAAGGACAGAGAUAGUUUCAUCAAUGAAACCAGUGAGCUCAAAGAGAAGAUCCUGCAGCACAUGAAAGAUAUUGAAAUACGGGAAAUGCAGAUCCGUGACUGUAAGAAGAAGAUAGAAGAGUCUGCGGUUGAAUUAAAACAGGAACAAAGCCGCUGUGAAGCUGUGAGAAUAGAGAAGAACCUAUACAGUAAAAAUCUGGUUGAAGCUAAGGAUGAGGUGGCAGAAAUGAAGAAGCAACUGAAAACUGUGACACAUCAGGUGGAUGAGCUGAAAGAGACGAUUGCAGACAAAGAAGCAGCCCUUGUGAGAGCACGUCUAGAACAUCAGCGAAUAGAGAGGAUGGAAGAAUCAUUGAAAGCUGAACUGCUUAAGAUGAAAGAACAGGCUUUGGAAACCAAACAAUUUAUAGAAAGUCAGGAGGAAAAAGAGAAAAACCUCCUAAAAAUCAUUGGUGAAGCUGAUGCUGAGAGGCUGAAGCAGAAGAAGGAAUAUGACCAGGUUAUCAGCGAGAGAAACAUCCUAGGGUCCCAGCUUGCUCGGUGCAAUGAUAAAGUGGCUUUGCUCUAUGAAAAGACAAAAAUCCAGCAGUCCAUCUUAAACAAGGGUGAAAUCCAGUACCGACAGAGAAUGGAAGACAUCCGACUUCUCAAGCUGGAAAUCAAAAGACUUCGGUGUGAGAAGGGAGUACUUGGCAAGAGUGUGUCUGAAGUUGAGGAGCUCAGACAGAAAGUUCAUCACAUGCAGAAGGAACUAUUAAGGGAACAGGCUCGGUGCAAAGUUUUGGAAAAAGAACUGGAGAAUCCCUUGAAUGUUCACAGAUGGAGAAAAUUAGAGGCCAGUGACCCAAGUACCUAUGAAAUGAUUCAGAAAAUACAGAGACUACAGAAGCAGCUUAUCAGCAAGACAGGUGAAGUGAUAGAGAAAGAACUGCUCCUUCAGGAAAAGGAGAGACUGUAUGUGGAACUGAAGCACAUCUUGGCCCGGCAGCCUGGUCCUGAAGUCGCAGAGCAGUUGCAGCAUUACCAGCACACUCUCCGAGAGAAGACUAAACAGCUGAAAGUUUUGUCCUCAGAACGGAAUAUGUAUCAAUCACAGAGCCAAGAAUACAAACAUGAAAUUGAAAGACUUGCCAAGGAACUUCUGGAUGUGAAAAAGAAGUAUCUGGCUCAGAAACACAAGGAACAACAUUACCUAAAGGGUGAUGUUGUACUUCAGGCCAAGGAGAAGGAGGAGCGACUCCUGACUGCUGUGGAGCCUGUGUUUCCACGCCACCGGUCUGAUGUUCGUCUCUUCAAUGUAGAGGGCUUUCCUUUCAAAGGACUCUUUCCCAAAAUUACAGCAUAAGAAUGGACUCAUCACAUUCACAUUCCCAUUCCCAGUUUAUUCCUAAACUCUGUCCUGGGUUGUUUUAGAAACUGUAAGUUUAAAAGAAAUUUAGAAUCAACUUUCCCUCUGUAAUCACUGUAUUUCCUUUGGAAAAUAAAGGGAUUUUAUAGUAGAA